UGCCCAUGAGCAGUUGAUUAGAAAUGCUUAUUCGGGUAUCAGGUGAAUGUAAGUUAUUAUGAAAGGGUUUUUACCUCUCGAACCCACCUAAGGUCGGAUCAGAAUGAAUGUGAUCCAUGAAUCGAUCCAUUCUCUGCUGCACUUUGCUACCAUCUGUCGGCUGCUCUAAGUAUCAUCUAAACAACCUUUUAAUAGGCGAACCAGCUUUAGCUUUACCAACAAAGCAUAUCCUCUAUUUUUUUUUUUUAAAUAAUGAACCGUUACAAUGUGGAAACGUUUCAGGCCCAGGCAAGAAGCAAAGGAGCUACUUCAGGAUUUAAUAAAAUGCCGACUACACGAGUACCCCAAGACUUUAUAGAUGCUAUGAAACGCAUAUCGGGAGGACAACCAGACAUGGCUGCUAACACUCAAGCAGCACAGAAAGCUUCAUCCUCAGUUGACAAAUGGAAGUCUUCAUUCAAACCAAUCGGUGAUGAAGAUGAAGACUCUCAGGACAAAAGCAGCACAGAAAAGACUGGGCUUUAUGACCCUUACAACCCUUUGUCGUCAGACUCUGAACCUGAGAUGCCACCGGACCAAGACCACAAACUCUCCCCACCCACUGAGGAUAACAGUGUGGAGCGUCAGUGUUUAACUUCAGCGAGAGACUGUCCCGAAGGCCGACACUGGGGCUCAACCUACUCCAAACCAGGAAGCGGACCCCUAGACAGAGGAGAAUUUGGCACUGGAACCAGACCUAUAGAAAUCCCAGGUCUCAGUCCAGGAAUUAGAAAGCAUGAACAACAGAUUUAUAGCCCAGAAGCUGAAUCACUUAAUUGUUCAAGCUUUGGCUCCUUGAGUGAAGUAUUGGGCCAGAGAGGUGGCACCCCUGACAGGCGUAUUCACAGCUCCUCCACCCAACAGUUUCCUGUGCCUUAUGGACAGAGAACCAAUGGGGAGGAGACGAUAACAGUACCAGGAUAUAAGAUGGAGACUAUUAGAUUAUCCCCACCGAGGUCACAGGACUAUCAGCAUCAGGUGGGCUAUAUGAAAAAAGGACGGGACCAAGACCUACCUUCUACAAAGGUGACAAGGAACAUGCGCCAAACUGUGACUUUGGAAAAAACGCCCAUCACUUGUGACCUUUGUGAGGUUGAGCUUGCCAAUGGGCAGGAGCUGCAGGAUCAUUUGGACAGCAAAUGUCACUGGGACACCCUGGAGCACAUUCAGCAGAAUAAUAAAUACGAUGACGUAAUGAUAGCGUUCCUUCAGGAAGUGAUGCUGUAUAAGAGCCAUUAUUGUAGCCAAGCGGUAGAGGACAACGCUCUUCAAACUCUACAGGAAAAUAACCACAUGACAAAGGUGGAAAUGUUUCAUUGUGCUGCUUGCAAAGUUUACAUAUCCACAUCUGUUGCUGAAGUGCAGGCUCACAUCACCUCUGAGGAACACCUCUCUCGCACAAAGGAGUUUGAAGUGCAUAGGAGACAUGCUUGCCUCAGCAAAGCAGAAGCCAUGAUGAAGGAGCUCAAACCACAGUUUGAACACUUCCUGAAGGUAUUUUGCAAGAGAUUUCCAAACUAUCUAGAGUGUACACAGUGUGCUGGCAGAGCUGCUUAACAUUAAUCUACCAAGCCAAAAAAAGCAGCUGGGGCCUUAGACUUUUUUAAUAUUUAAACAGUCGUUUUUACAAAGUGGUUAUUUUGACCUAAUAUUUUCUUAAGUUGUCCAAUUGUGGACUAAGUGUACUCAAAAUUCAAUCUUCUACAUGAUGCUUCUAAAACGAGUACCUGAAGCUAUCCAGUGUUUGGACAAUAAUAGGAUUUUGGUAAUUUUGGCUCUGUUUAAGGUGGCAGUGGAGUUUGAGUGAAACUAUGAAGAUCUGCAGUUUCAAAGGUUUUAACGAAAGUAUUGUGUCCGCUUUUUAGAAAUUGCAGACAUUUUCAAGAGGCUCAAAAGUAACUCGACAAUUGAUUGACUAGGAGUUUCAUGGCCAGUUUUGAGGCCUGUUUACUCCGUGACAAAUUAACCAGGUAAAAGAUCUGGAGUUGGUUUCAAUUGUUGCCUUUUGUAGGCUGGAAUUCUAAAUAUGAGGUCCAAGGAGUUAUCAGUGUUAGAGACGGAGGGCAUCUCUUAGGGUGCCAAACAGAAAUAAACCUUUCAGAGAGAUAACAUAACAAAAGGAAAAAAAGAGAGAGUGGCUAAAUCAACAGUCUGUCUUUCCUUGGUUUAAAAAAACAAAACAAAACCCUCUCAUGUAGUCAAAGCUAGUCAGGCAAUGAAGUGAAGAAAGUCUGAUAUCAAAAUUCAUCUUGUAAAUACAGAGGAUUUGCAACAAGGUGCACACCACCGGUUACGGUUAAGAACAGACAGGUUAGGAUAAACUUUGUCAGAAGGAGUCUGCACAGUACUGUAGAAGGUUAAAUUUGCGGUUUUGUUAAUACUUAUUUGUAGCUUCCACACCAAAAUUUGAUACAUAAAAACCCCCCGACUUGAAUACAGAAGUAAUUUGAAAAACAUUAGCUUGCUUCUUUGUCUUUUAUUUAGUACAACUGGAAAGAAAUCUUUUGACAGAUUAAACCAACAUGAACUUAAAGAACAAUAAUGGGAAGAGAAAUAUACGGGCAAGCUCAUCCAAAUCAAAUGUGGUUGUUGUAGUGUUAAGAUAUGGGGAUGUAUGGCUGCCUGUAGUUUUUAUUGAUGAAAUACCUACUGAUAGAAGUAUCAGGAUGAACUGUGAAGUGCACACGGCUAUACUCUCUGCUCUAAUUUAGACAAAUGCUGCCAAACUGCUUAGACAGCAUUAGACAAAAGCAACCCAAGAGUAUUAGUCACCUGAUCUCAAAACAACAAAGCAUGUUUUACAGGUAAAACUGACAACAAACAGGUAAAGACCCACAAUUAAGCAGGAUCUGAAGGCAGCUGCUGUAAAGGCCUUGUACAGGAUCUCAAGGGAGGAAACAAAGUAUUUGAGGACGUCCAUGGGUUUCUAGACUUCAGGCAGUCAUUGAGUACAAAGGAUUUUUAUCCAUGUAUUAAAAACAAUCCUUAUAUUUAGAGUUUGUCCAGUUACCUUUGAGGCUCUGUAGAUGGAAGUCUGUGUAUGAAACUGGUUCUAUUUCCUAAACACUUGAGGCAUAAUUUUUGUUAAACCUAAGCUGAAAGUCUUCACUUUAUAUUUGGGCCUGGUAUUAUCACUUUCCUUAUGUUUCUAUACAUUUAUCCAGGAUCUCUGGGCUACUUGGAUCUUAAUCAGUUAUACAGAUGUCAUCUACUGCAUGAUGUAUUUUGAUAUUUUUAAGUAAUAUGAGACUAUUGGGUAGAUGCGAAUGAUUUUUUUUACUUACCAAAUUUAAUGAGUUCAAACUUAAUACUAAAAUGAAUUGGCUAUUUUUUAAAUAAAGAUAAAAAUCAGUUCUUAAUGGGGGACAGUUCAUAUGCAGAAGAUAUUCAUGAUUCAUAUUAGUUCAAAUAAGUAAAAUAUGUCUUAUUAGUGUGUAGGUAAGUGCAGGGAAUGUAAUCUUCUGUCUUGCAGAGUUAACUUUAAUGCACUUUUGUGUGAAGUGAGACAUCAAAGCCAAAUUGAAACGCAACAUUGUACAUAAAAGCAUAACUUUAUCUUUAUGUAUCAAGUGAAACGUAACUGAAGCCAUAAAUCUUAUUAAUGCAUUUGUUUUCACUCUCCGUACACUAGCUCGAUUAGUAGAAGCAAAUGAUAGCCUGCAGAGCUAGGAGUAAUUACUAGUAAUUAAAGUGUGUGCACUCAGCAUGUCUGGAGCUCUACAGAUGUAACUAAACUAAUUCUUUUC